GAAAGAUGGCGACGGCACACGCACAGGCGAGACUCAACUGUGCCGGUGGAUAGAAAGUGCUCUAAAGAGACAAAUACCUGCCAGUCUUGCACAUAUUUUAAGGUGCAAAGUACAUGUGAUCUUGCUAAGACAUGGUUCAGUCCAUGCACGGCUAGGAACAAGGAGCCACUGCCUUGCUAUGGAGCCACCGGAUCGCAACAAGCCCAGCAGGCAGCCCAACCCUCUGAAAGAUGCGUCCCAACAGAACUCUGAGGUGGAUGAAUCGUGGGACUCUCCCAGUGAGGAAGAGGAAACUUUGUAUGGUACAUCGCCUCCUUACACCCCCCGUCAGAUGAAACGCAUGUCUGGCAAACAUCAAAGGAACAGCCAGACCAGGACUGCUGGUCGCUCCCCUAACAAAGCAGACCUUAGCCCAUCUGUCUUGAGAGAGAGUCCCAGGCCAGCAGAGGUCCCAGAGGAGCACAGCUACAAGCAGGGCAAGAAGCAGAGGGCCACCCUGCGCUCCACUGAGAGAGAUCACAAGAAGACCUUUGAGGGCUCCUUUAUGCUGGAUCCACUCUCCAAGUCGAGUCCAUUCAGUGCUCUCAACAUGGAUCCAAGAAAGCAUUACUUGAGUUUGGGCUGCAGCAGCGGCAAACUCCAUGUCUCUAUGCCCCAUUCCCUGGCCCGGACCCACCGCCAGACCUCCCGUACAGACUGUCCAGCCGACCGCCUCAAGUUUUUUGAAACUCUGCGGCUGCUGCUCAAGCUCACGUCUAUGUCCUCCAAGAGGAAAGAGAAGGAGCAGAGAGGCAUGGAGAACAUGGCCUUCAUGGGUCACAACAAUGAGGUUAUUUGGCUGGAGCUGCAGGCAUGGCAUGCACGGCGCUCCACCAGUGACCAAGACCUAUUCCUUUUCACUGCCCGCCAGGCCAUCCCUGACAUCAUCAACGAGGUACUGCACUUCAAAGUCAACUAUGACAGCCUGAUCCCUGGCAGAGGGGCUGAGACAAGCCAGGGGUGCUAUGAGUGUGUCCCAGAUCUAAUCUAUGGAGAGGAGAGGGAGCCUGCUGUAGCAGAGACCAACCACUGUGGAGUAGAUCCCUGGGGCUUUAGUGCCUGCCCGUCAUCAGCAAUGAAUGCAGCGGAGCCUCUGGGCUCUGGGGCAGGAUGCAGGGAACACCUUCAGCGCCAGCGCCUUGCCUUUGAGCAGGUCAAACGUGUCAUGGAGCUGCUAGAGUCUGUGGAAGCUUUGUACCCCUCCCUGCAGGCAUUGCAGAAGGACUAUGAAAAGUAUGCAGCACGGGACUUCCAGGGCAGGGUGCAGGCACUCUGUCUGUGGCUCAAUAUCACCCAGGACCUCAAUCAGAAGCUGCGUGUUAUGGCCACUGUGUUGGGCCUGCAUGAUCUAUCCCGUAUCGGGUGGCCCGUCUUUGAGAUCCCUUCACCUCGCUGCUCCCGGGGCAAUGAAGAAGAUGAGAAUGAGGAGGAUGAGGAAAAUGAUUCAACAGCCACUUUCACAGCUGAAAGUGAUGGAGAGGAUAAGGAUGUAGGAGAGGAAGGGGUAGUUGGAUGUGUAGCUGAGGGAGAGUUAUCUCCUUCCCUGACACCCAAAUUUGCCCGUCUGUUGUCAGAGGAUGAGUUUCUCCCAACUGCUGGGGCAGGAAGCUCAGAAGUGGUUGCCGGAGGUGGAGUGUUCUGCCCCACAGCUAUCUACAGACCAUUUGUGGAUAAAGCUCUGAAACAGAUGGGACUGCGUAAACUGAUCCUCAGACUGCACAAACUGAUGGACCGCUCUCUUCAGAGGUCCAGGGCAGCGCUGCUCUGCCACACUCCUGCGCAGGAGUUUGCAGACUUUCCAGAUCCUAUGCUAUACAGUGAUUAUCUGCCAGAGCUGUCCCGCCAUGUAUCCUGCAGCGGUCCGGCUCAUCCCGAGCUGGGGUCAGACCAGGUCUCCUGGGUGGAUCUGCUGGACAUGGACCUCCCGUCCUUCAGGCCAGCUUUCCUGGUGCUUUGCCGAGUCCUUCUCAACGUCAUUCACGAAUGCCUUAAACUGCGCCUGGAACAGAGACCUGCUGGAGAACCUUCACUGCUCAGUAUCAAGCAGUUGGUGCGUGAGUGUAAAGAGGUUCUUAAAGGUGGCCUUCUGAUGAAGCAGUACUACCAGUUCAUGCUGCGCGGCGUGGUGGCUGAUGCUCAGGGCUUGCAGACGAAUGCCAACAUCGAUGAGUUUGAGGAGGAUCUUCACAAGAUGCUUGUGGUCUAUUUUGACUACAUGCACAGUUGGAUCCAGAUGCUGCAGCAGCUGCCCCAGGCCUCUCACAGCUUAAAGAACCUAUUGGAGGAGGAGUGGCAUUUCACCAAGGUCAUCACUCCUUACAUCCGCGGAGGGGAGGCCCAGUCCGGGAAGCUCUUCUGUGAUAUUGCAGGGAUGCUGCUCAAAUCCACAGGAGACUUCCUUGAUGCCGGCCUGCAAAAGAGUGAUAAUGAAUUCUGGGAAAGUGCAGAUGACAGCACAGCCUCGGAUGAGAUUAGGCGGUCGGUUAUUGAGACUAGUCGGUCGCUUAAGGAGCUUUUCCAUGAGGCCAGAGAACGAGCAUCCAAGGCUCUUGGCUUUGCAAAAAUGCUUCGCAAGGACCUAGAAAUUGCUGCAGAUUUCAGUAUUACUAGCGGGGUGCCCUGUCUCCUGGAAGCACUUAAGGAGAGAAGCUAUGUCAAGGUUCAGAUUCCAGGGUUGGAGGAACUGGAGGUUUUCGUCCCCUAUGGCUUGAUGGCUCAGCGGCCUCUAAUCCUGCAACUCCUGAAUGCUGCUGCUGGGAAAGACUGCUCCAAGGAGCCAGAUGAAAUGCCUGAGGAUGAGGCCUACCUGCUCAUGAGUAAACAUGGAGCUGGGGACUCGCCUAAUGGCUCUGACUGGGCACAGUGGGACGGAGAGCUGCUUAAACUGGUUCCCCAGAUGGAAACUGUUGACACCCUCAGGGCUAUGAAAGUAGAGAACAUGCUCUUGAUCGUGAUGCAGUCAGCUCACCUGGUGGCCCAGCGGAAGGCCGUCCAGGGGUCCAUGGAGGAUGUGCUCACUCUCAGCCGGGAGCAAACCUCUAGUCAGCCUCUCAUUGCCGGUGCUCUGGAGCAGCUCAAGAAUGAGGCACUUCAACUAUGCAUUAAGAUCAACAUUGCCAUUGACCGGGUGGAGUACAUGUUCACAACAGAGUUUCAGGCAGAGGUGGAGGAGUCUGAGUCAUCCACUCUGCAGCAGUACUACAGAGAAGCCAUGAUACAGGGCUACAAUUUUGCCUUUGAGUACCACAAGGAGGUGGUGCGCCUCAUGUCAGGGGAGUUCAGGCAGAGGAUCGGGGAGCGCUACAUCACUUUCGCACGCAAGUGGAUGACCUACGUCCUGACCAAGUGUGAGAGUGGCAGGGGCACCAAGCCCAGGUGGGCGACUCAGGGUUUUGAUUUCCUUCAAGCUAUCGAACCUGCCUUCAUAUCAGCAUUACCAGAAGAUGACUUCCUGAAUUUACAAGCUCUGAUGAACGAGUGUAUUGGACAUGUGAUCGGCAAGCCUCACAGCCCAGUCACUGGCCUGUACAUUGCCCCCAGGAACAGCCCUCGACCUAUCAAGGUUCCUCGCAGCCACAGCGAUCCUCCAAACCCCAACCUGUUCAUCCCUAAUGCUGAGGGAUUCAGCUCUCGAAGUCUCCCCUGUGACCUCCGGAACCAGCUAUUCCCCAAUGGCCCCCGCCCCGUCCCUCAGGGCCCAGGGGAACAGAGCCACACCAAAGCACCCGGCAGCACCCCCAAUGACGUCAGGGGAUCCAGUUUCCAUGAGAACGACCGUCUGUCAUCCGUUGCAGCAGAGUUGCAUUUCAAAUCCCUGAGCCGCCACUCAAGCCCCACAGAGGACAGAGAGGAGCCCUCCUACCCGAAGGGAGACCCCAGCAGUGCUGCACGACGAAGCUGGGAGCUGCGUACCUUCAUCAGCCAGUCUAAAGACACAGCAGCGCGACAAAGCCCCAUGGAGGCCGUCCGUCGCUCCAUUCGCACGUUUGAGGAAAAACGCUACGCUAUGAUGAAGCAGCGCAACAUCAUCGGCCAGGUCUGCCACACACCCAAGUCCUACGACAACGUCAUGCACGUCGGCCUCAGGAAGGUGACCUUCAAGUGGCAAAGGGGCAACAAGAUAGGCGAGGGCCAGUAUGGGAAGGUGUACACCUGCAUCAAUGUGGACACAGGAGAAUUAAUGGCUAUGAAGGAGAUCCGAUUCCAGCCAAAUGAUCAUAAAACAAUCAAGGAGACUGCAGAUGAGUUGAAAAUAUUUGAAGGGAUUAAGCACCCGAACCUCGUGCGGUACUUUGGUGUUGAGCUCCAUCGGGAGGAGAUGUACAUCUUCAUGGAGUACUGUGAUGAGGGCACUCUGGAGGAGGUGUCCAGGCUCGGCCUUCAGGAACACGUCAUCAGACUCUACAGUAAACAGAUCACUACAGCCAUCAAUGUCCUCCAUGAGCACGGCAUCGUCCACCGUGACAUCAAGGGAGCCAACAUCUUCCUGACAUCAUCAGGUCUGAUCAAACUGGGCGACUUCGGCUGCUCGGUCAAGUUGAAGAACAACACACACACCAUGCCUGGGGAGGUGAACAGCACCCUUGGAACAGCAGCAUACAUGGCACCUGAAGUCAUUACAAGAGCAAAGGGCGAAGGACAUGGACGAGCAGCAGACAUCUGGAGUUUGGGCUGUGUCCUCAUUGAGAUGGUGACUGGAAAGAGGCCCUGGCACGAGUAUGAGCACAAUUUCCAGAUCAUGUACAAAGUGGGCAUGGGUCAUAAACCCCCCAUCCCUGAGAAGCUGAGCACAGAGGGGAAGGACUUCUUAGGUCACUGUCUGGAGAGCGAACCCAAACGCCGCUGGACAGCUAGCAUGCUGCUAGACCACCCGUUUGUCAAGGUUUGUACGGAUGAAGAGUGAAUGGGACCUACUCUGUGGCUUUUAAGUUUACAAAGUAAAGCACUACUGUACAUGCUGAUGGCAAAAAGAAAACUGGACACAGAAAAGAGAAAAGAAGUUAUGGCUACAGGCACAUGGAGCUAAACUGAGGAACUGUACAAUGUUAUCAUUUCAGAAGACAACUGGACCUGCGGGGUAGAGGGUAGUGUCUUAAUGUACCCAUGAACUGAAGAAGAUGAGGGGGUGGGGGGGGGGAUGUACAUACUGUAAGAAUAGGAUUGGCCUUGAUCCUUGUAUAAACAAUAUUGUAAAGUUAAAGUAAUUAUAGCCACAUUUGUUGUUCUCACUUGUGAAGACCUCUGAAAAGGCAAUGAGGAAUACUUUUUUUUUUUUUUUUUUUUUUUUUUAAGUGGGGGG